GAGAGAUCACGUGAUCGCUGGGCGGCUCCGUAGAUACGAAAUGACCAAUAGAAUCGCGCGCUUUCGGGGAAGUUGCGGAUUUUGAAACGGUUGUGAAAAAAAACAUUCAGAGUUAUACUCGUCUCUAUUGUCCGUCUUAAUUGUAUAAAGAUGGAUGAAGAAGAGAGCACAGAGCGACAGAUGCAGAUCGCCAUGCUGUGUCAAAGGCUGGCAAAGAUGAAGCAGUUAUUUAAUGAUGAUGACACAGAUUACAUUAACCAGGCCAUCAGUUCAAAUUCCCCUGACACCUGCCGGACAUUUCUGACCAAUCUGGAGAAAAAAGGCAACCUCCAAACUGAUGCCAGCCUGCUCACCAAGCUUAUCGACUGCUACACGCGUGUAUUUUCCAGCAUGCCAUUGGGAAAGUACAGUCAGAAUGAGAGUUAUGCUAAAAUGCUGGUCAGAUUUGCAGAGUUAAAAGCCAUCCAAGAUGUGAAUGAAGCACAGGCUAGUUUUGAUAUUGCAAGGUCCCACUGCAAGGAUUUUGCUUUUGUCCACAUAGCUUACGCUCAGUUUGAGCUUUUACAAGGCAACGUUAAGAAGUGUAGUUCAAUUCUUCAGAAGGCCCUUGAAAUGAACUCGAAGCCCAGGUGCCUUCUCGAAGCUGCUGUUCGGAAUCUAAAUUCAGGCAAACGCCAGCUCAUUUCCAAUGAAGACAAAGAGAAUAUAUCCAUGUCUGCCCAUGAAAGGAGCUCCAGAAGAUCAAAUGAAACAUGUGACCUGCAGGCCAGCUGUGCUCAGGGGAAUGAUCAAAAGUUUAGUCCACAGGAGGAGAAUAUGCCAGUUUGGAGAUCGGGUUCACAACAAAGAAGAAAUGUCUUGGGAGAAAGAUUACCCAUGGGUCCUCUGUCCAUACCUGAAAAUGAGAGCAGUGACUCUGAAAACGUUCAGAAGCCGGAAGCUUCCUCCUUCAGCAGCAGCUUCUCCAGACAAAUACAAUGUUCGAAUGUCAGGUCCACAUUUCUGUUGUGUCCCUCAAAAAAAGGGACUCCAGAUGGAGACUCCUACAGUUUAAACCUCAAGCCUCCUGUGAUUAGUCCAGAUCAUCAUAGAGGAGAGAUCGAUGAAGUGGGCACAAUAACAGAAGUCUUACAAGAAAGAAAAGGGAGUUCUAGAAUGGAAGACACCAUAGAUAUAAACCAGUUCAUUGGAUCAAACUCUCCUACAGACUGUGAAAAAUUCCUAAGAAACCUUGAAAUGAAAGGAGAUCCUCAGUCUGACCCAGCUUUUUUAUCCAGACUCUUGGACUGUUACGCAAAAGUGUUUGCCAAAUUUCCCCUGGCGAAGCAUAACAAGCUUGAAUGUUAUGCCCGAAUGCUUUUGCGUUUCGCAGAGCUGAAGGGAAUUGAGGAUUCAGAGGAAGCUCAAGAUCAUUUCAAUAUUGCCAGAUCACACUGUAAAGUUUUUGCUUUUGUGCAUGUCGCACAUGCUCAGUUUGAGCUGUCACAAGGCAAUUUUAGGAAGAGCAGUAUGAUUCUUCAGAAAGCUCUGAGCUCGAACGCACAGCCAGCUGAUCUCCUCCACGCUGCCAUCAGGUUUCUAAAGUCUGGCAAAACUCGACUGCUUUCUGCUGAGGAUCAAGAGUGCAAUCCUGAAACUGCAGCAGCAGCCAGAACCAAAAAUGAAGAGGUAGAUCCAAUUAUGGUUCAUGAAAAGCCCCCUGCCAAAGAGCCUUCAUCAGAGUGGAAGAUUCCUGCUCUCAUAAACAGACAUGCAUCUCCAGAGGACCACAAGCCUCCAGCAGGCGCUGUUUCCAUGUUUCACGCCACAAGAACACCCCUGCCUCGAAUACACUCGACUCUAAGCUGUCAGACGCCCAACAACAAAGACCCAAAUGCAAACAAUUUUAUUACUCCUGUGGUUAAGCAGAGGCCAGUGAUUGUUACUGUUCCAUCUACGGCUCAGAAAAUGGGUUACACACAAUUGCCGUGCACUCCUCAGAGGCAAGUGUCCUACAUUCAGCAGUCAUCUCAGCCGUCUGCUUCAGCUUUCUCAAAUGAAACCAUCACAAUCAAGGGCAAACAGUUCUUCAUUUUCAAGAUGAUCGGCCGGGGUGGAUCCAGUAAGGUCUAUCAGGUAUUUGACCAAAAGAAGCAUACAUAUGCUCUGAAAUAUGUGAAUCUAGAGGAGGCUGAUGCACAGGCAGUGGAAAGCUACAAGAAUGAGAUCGAGCAUCUGAAUCAUCUUCAACAGUACAGUGACCAGAUCAUCAAACUCUAUGACUAUGAAAUCACCAGCAGUUAUAUUUAUAUGCUCAUGGAGUGUGGCCACCUCGACCUCAACACCUGGCUUCGCAACCGGAAAUCUGUCAACCCACUGGAUAGAAAAUGUUACUGGAGGAAUAUGCUGGAGGCUGUGCACACUAUCCACAAACAUGGUAUCGUCCACAGUGAUUUAAAGCCAGCAAAUUUUGUAAUAGUUGAUGCCUCUCUUAAGCUGAUCGAUUUUGGAAUCGCCAACCGCAUUCAACCAGAUAUGACUAGCAUCAUGAAGGACUCGCAGGUGGGGACACUAAACUACAUGCCACCGGAAGCCAUAAAAGACACUUCCUCGAAUGGAAGGCCAGGGUCAAAGAUCAGUCCUAAAGGAGAUGUGUGGUCACUGGGAUGUAUCCUCUAUUAUAUGACUUAUGGAAAGACUCCGUUCCAGAACAUCACCAAUCAGAUCACCAAAAUCCAUGCCAUCAUAGACCCGUCCCAUGAGAUCGACUUCCCUGAUAUUCCAGAAAAGGACUUGCUUGAUGUGGUCAAGAGGUGUUUAGUCCGUAAUCCUAGAGAAAGGAUUUCUAUUGCAGAGCUCCUCGAUCAUCCGUACCUGCAGUUGCAACGACAGCCACAGUCAGCAGAACCGUGUAACAGUGAUUUGAAGAGAAUCCUCAAUGAGCUGGCAGCUCUUCAGUCUCCCAACAGUAUCGCCAGAGCUGCUAGUAACCUGGCCAAGAUGUGCAACAGUGGACAGAAAUUAGAUGUUUCUGAAUGUGUGAAAACAUCGAGUCAGGCUGGAAAUAAAUAGGAUGGUCUGGGGGUCAUUUUUUCACGGCACUUGGAGAUAUCCAGAACUCAAAACCACUAUUCUUCAUUUAAAGGCUUCGAAGCAACUAAGUCAAAUGUUUUGUUUCUGAGCUUCUUGUAUCACUAAUUAACAUCACGCUUACCACCUUUUUAUAGGUGUAUCAAGGUUUUAGUUUUCUCCCUAACGGCUUCUGUUUUUAUUUGACUGCAUUAAUAUUAAAUUCUGUAAUGCUACAGUCUAAAAAAUGUGUAUAACAAAUAAACGUACCUUUUGAGGUAUAUUUCAAAUGUUGUAUUUGUUUGUAAUUUUAUAAACAUUGUCCUUGUACUGUUGUAGCCGUUUUGGUAGGUAAUCUGUCAUAUUCCAAAAUGACAUCUGGCAUGCGAUAAACCAACUUUACACUGCUGUUUCAGUCACGAUCAAAACCUUGGAAGCUACUGUACCUACUGACCUACCAAGGGUGCAUUUUAACUAAUAAAUGCACGGGGCACAUUUGACUUCAAAUAAAACAUACUUAUAAUAUUAAAAUUAAGCUAGUUUUACAGGAAAAUAAUAGUUCCAUAAAUGUUACGAUGAUGCAAAAAUCUAAAUGUAUGUACGUUAGGCUUUUGCAACAUGAUUAUGCAAAUGAUGUUCUGUUAUCUUGGAAAUUAAAAUCUUUUUUUCUGUAUUCUGUA